ACCAAAAGUAAAAUAAUUUAUAAUUGAAGGAAUUCGAUUUGAAAAAUUCGCAUCGAAAGACAAUGGGCCUGUUAUAUUAUUAUUUAAUUGCACGUUAGUGUAUAAAUUAAUUCAACACUUGGCAUUCAAGUGACAAUUAUAGGGGCAUUUCCGUAAUAGCACCUCAAUCGAACCACUCUUUUUAAGCUGCGUCCUCGCUGCUAGAAUCGCACCAGACAUCAACCCCACACAAACACAAACCAACGCGCCGGCGCGUGGAAUAUUGCGCGACGAACACUCCUUCACUCUCCCUCUUCAUUUCACCAUUUAAACACAAACACGCAGUCACACACACAUAGAUACGCCGAUUUACAGAGUGUAUGAUCUUUGAUCUAUAAACGCGUCCAAAACAAAAUAAAAAAAAUGGGUUCCGAGUUGAUAUUCCGCGGCCACGAGUCGCAACCAGUGAGCGACGCCUACUCGCCGAAGCCGGCGAAGCCGUGGCUCACCGUGACCCGCCCGAUUCACUACCUCCUCCGCGAGCAGCGCCUCGUUUUCGUCCUCGUCGGCAUUGCAAUCGCCACGCUCUUCUUCACAGUCGUCCCCACCUCCAAUAGCCCACACGCGCCGAUCCCCGACGCGUUCAUUUCGUCCGAGUUGACUCAGCUACAUCAGCCGCACAGAUCCAUGUACCAGAACGGUCACCUCGCCACCGGGUUCGGAAUCAACUCGGUCGGGAAAAUCCCCCUGGGUUUGAAACGCAAGGGUUUGAGAAUCGUGGUCACAGGUGGUGCCGGAUUCGUCGGCAGCCAUCUGGUGGAUCGGCUGAUCAGCCGUGGAGACAGCGUGAUCGUGGUGGACAAUUUCUUCACCGGGAGAAAGGAGAACGUCGUCCACCAUUUCGGAAACCCUAGGUUUGAACUGAUCCGACACGACGUCGUUGAGCCGCUCCUUCUGGAAGUUGACCAGAUCUACCAUCUGGCCUGCCCUGCUUCCCCCGUUCAUUACAAACACAACCCCGUCAAAACAAUCAAGACGAAUGUGGUGGGAACGUUGAACAUGCUGGGAUUGGCCAAGCGAGUCGGUGCGCGGUUUUUGCUGACGAGCACCAGCGAGGUUUACGGUGAUCCGUUACAGCACCCGCAGGUUGAAACCUACUGGGGCAACGUCAACCCAAUCGGUGUCCGAAGCUGCUACGAUGAAGGAAAGAGGACUGCUGAAACGUUGACCAUGGACUAUCACAGAGGCGCUGGCGUUGAGGUUAGAAUUGCUAGGAUCUUUAACACAUAUGGACCUCGUAUGUGCAUUGAUGAUGGUCGUGUUGUUAGCAACUUUGUUGCUCAGGCGUUGAGAAAGGAGCCUUUAACUGUUUAUGGUGACGGGAAGCAAACAAGAAGUUUUCAGUAUGUUUCGGAUCUGGUUGAGGGAUUGAUGCGGUUGAUGGAAGGAGAGCACGUUGGUCCUUUCAAUCUCGGUAACCCAGGCGAAUUCACUAUGCUUGAACUUGCUCAGGUUGUACAAGAAACCAUAGAUCCAAAUGCAAAGAUAGAGUUCAGGCCAAACACAGAAGACGACCCGCACAAGAGAAAGCCGGACAUAACAAAGGCGAAAGACCAGCUAGGUUGGGAGCCAAAAGUGCCGCUUCGUAAAGGUCUACCUAUGAUGGUCUCCGAUUUCAGGCAAAGAAUAUUCGGUGAUCACAAAGAAAACGUUGCUACUUCAGCGUAAUUGGGGCAAAAAAGAGAAAAAAAAAAAGGCUAUAUAUUAUGAGUUUCUUCUUCUUCUUCUUCUUCUUCGUAUGCAUAUAAUCUCUUAAACCUCAUUCAAUGGGGAAAAAAGUGACAAGUCACCUUUUCGACCCCGAGAAUGUACACUAGGAGUAACGGCAUUAUAGAAGAAAGCAUUGAACGUGAACCACACCAUCCCCGCCCUUCUUUCUAUUUAGCUAGAAACUUCUAGAGGUUAUCUUGUGAUAUUACUAUUAUGUUUUUUUUCUUUUCUUUUUUCUUUUUUUUCGGUUUUUCUUUGAAGUGCCCAUCUUUUGAAACUUUUUUAAUAGACUGGCUUCUACAUAGGUUUGGGCUGCACUCUUUAAUUCCAAACUCAGUUCAAUUUUGAAUGCUCAUUACUUGUUCAGAUGAAAUUUAGGUCCUUAUUGUUUCAGACAGUCUUGUAUUGACUGGACUCUUUAAUUACACAUUCAAUGCCAAUUUAGAGCCCCAUCUUUGGGUCUUGGGCUUUUGUCUACAAUUUAGAGGCCUAUUUAUUGUAUU